CAGAUGCCAGCUUCAGACUGAUGGCGGGAAUGACGAUCAUGCCGACACCGCAUGCAUUUGACAUUUCUCACGACAGUCUUGCGCAUAUUGUCUAGGCCUUGCGCUACUUGUCUCGUACUUAUCGGCAAUCAUGUUUGAUCCUUCAGUGUCAUCUCUGCUAUUCGAUGUGCAUGAUGAGCCUCAAUACAUGCCUUUUGAUUUCUCUGCGAUAAAUUCCGUCUUUGCAGUCGCUGCUCGAUAUGUCCCAGCCAUGCCCUAUCACCGAUUAUUGGUCAGAAACGGGCAAUCUAGACUCAGCCACCAUCAGACCUUUCGCGCGAGUAAAGUGGAGACUGCAAGCUGACAGAUCACGCUGUCAUCAUCGUCAAGCGGAUGCAUGCUAAGCAAAUCUACAACAUCGAUCUGUUUCCUGGCGCAUGAGAUUCUCAUUGAUACAUGUUCCCUUUUUCUUCAUGCACAUCCAAGAGCAGCUCAAGCUGAAGAAUCCCCGCUACAAGCAAUUUUGAAUCUGUCCUAUAACAAUCCAGCAACAAGUGAGCACCU